AAGGGCGCAGGCAGAAGCAUCCUGGCCUGACUUACUGCCAUUUCCACCUCAGACCCCAUUUCACCCGUUGGGUGAAACAAAGUUCAGGUUCUCAAACCCUAGGGGACUGGGAACCUUCUAAUAGCUUGACCUACCUCCUCCUUAAACCACAGAAAUAGCCAUUAUGCAUCUUUACUUCUCUAGAAACAUUAUGGCUGUUCCUAACAACAGAAAGAACAAAUGAAUUUGAUUGGUUGGACUGAAAAGCUCAAACUGUAUGUCGGUUGACAAGGAAGCUCCUAAUCUAAAUCUUGAUUGGUGAAAAUUAUAACUGUAACUUGGCAACACAUGCUUGUGAUUUUGUGCUUAAAUACUUGUUUUAAUGGGCAUUUGGAGCCGUGCUCCCGAGUCUGUUCUGUGGCCCUGAUCCAUCAGUCCCCUCCCCUUCCCCCCUCCUUUUGUGCUUCCCUAGUUUAAACCUUGCCUUGAGGUAACCUCUGUGUCUGCUUGGGUUGAUUCGGAGCCUCGGACCACAGCAAAAUAAAUUCCGAUCCACUUCUCAGACUCCUAAACCACGUCCACAUGCUGCACGGUAGGAUACAGCCUUGAGUGAUGCCAUUCUUGGCAGGCCGGAGGUUAAAUUCUGGUGCCCCAUCGACUGUGCCUGCCCUCCAGUACCAGGCCCCGCCCAGUGAGGCACAAUUCGGGAAUGCGUAAUCACUCAGUCUCCACCCCUGGGAAGUCCCUACCCUGUUCUUAGUCCGGAAGUCUGUGGGACAGAAGUCCGGAAGUUCGAGCGGCUGUUCCCUAGCUCGCUCCGGCUAAUUCGGUACGCUUUCCUCUAUCCCGGCCCAAGUGUGUGUCCCGAGGCUUUUCUGGUUCCGGCCCGCUGUGCUUCCCGUUCUCACGUUCCUGCCCUGUGCGGGUCAUUGCUUGCAGACCUGGAUCGGGCCCACGGCAGAUUGAGCAGACCGGGCGUGUGCACUCCGGAGGAGCGAGCGGAACGGGCGCCGCUUGUGGAGCUUGUUGAGGUUGCAGGCUUCAGCUGUGUGUCUUUCUCAGCCUGGUCUGCUGUGAAGUGAAGCCCAGAUUCCAGGGAUGUACAUGCAGGUGGAGACACGAACCAGCACCCACCUCCAUCUGAAGAGGGCUCCAGGCAUCCGGUCUUGGUCCCUGCUGGUCGGAAUAUUAUCCACUGGCCUGGCUGCUGCCUAUUACAGUGGAGAUAGUCUGGGCUGGAAGCUCUUCUAUGUCACAGGCUGCCUGUUUGUGGCUGUACAGAACUUGGAGGACUGGGAGGAAGCCAUUUUCAACAAGAGCACUGGGAAGGUCAUCUUAAAAACAUUCAGCCUCUACAAGAAGCUGCUGACUCUUCUCAGAGCAGGCCAUGACCAAGUGGUGGUCCUGUUGAAAGACAUCCAGGAUGUGAAUGUGGAGGAAGAAAAGGUCCGUUAUUUUGGGAAGGGCUACACCGUGGUGCUCCGGUUUGCAACAGGCUUCUCCCAUCCCCUUACUCAGAGUGCAGUCAUGGGCCGACGCAGUGAUGUGGAAGCCAUUGCCAAACUCAUCACUAGCUUCUUGGACCUGCACCGCCUGGAGAGCCCCUCAGAACGGUCACAAAGCAGUGACAGUGAAGCUGAUGGCCUGGGUGACCAGAGCUGACAUUGUGGAAUGACUGCUGGUAAAUGUCACCCAUUUCUGACAUGUCUCCAACUGACUUGCCAAUUAUGAGGGUGCAGGCAGAUCUUGGGCAUCUGCCUAUGGCUCCUUGGGCAGUUCUUGUGUGGACCACCUGCCUUUUGCUUGUUUAUGCUUCUAUGCUUUGCAGAACCAUGGGCUGGACAUCUUCCACAACCCAGAUGCAGGAGGUUGGUGCUAUCCAGAGGAGGGCAGGAUCUCAGAAAUCAGUGCUUUCUCCAGUUAGACUGCAGCUCUAUCUUAGGUAGCACAGCCUGGUUUGGAUAAGCUCACCCAAGGGCAUCUGAGGUAUAAGAUGCCAGUCUUUCUUCAGCAUAGGCCUAGUGCCUGCCUUCAAGAGGCCUUGCCAUCCCAGGCUGUUGUAGUCCAGACUCCACUUCAUAGUGAGACACCCAUAUGCAUAUAAGGAGGAUCCACUCCUUCUGUGCAUACUGGUUUAGACUUGUUGCUAUAAAUCCUGAUGUCUCCUCUCCUUGACCAUCCCUUCUCAAGAUGGACAUUUUGGAGGUCAGGGGCUUACCUGAAGGCAGCUCUGAAUGCUGGAUGCCUGGGUGCUGCCUGGCUGCAGAACUCUCAGAGAAAUCAGAGUGCUGCUGACUGCCCUGCUCCUGCCUAGACCACUUGUCUGAGAUCCCAGCAGUGUUGCAGCCUAGCUGUUAGGAAGGGAAAGGCUCUCCCAACCCAAUCUGGGAAGAAGCUGCUAGUGGAGGAAAGGCCACCUCUUCUGGCAUCCUGUAGCCUUUAAACCUGGGAGCUCCUUUACAGAAAUUGAGUCUUAGCCUCUCAAGCCUUGAAAAGACCUGAAGAAGAUAGGCAUGUGAUACACACCCCUAUAAAUCUCAGUCUUAAGAAGUGGGGCAGGAAGAAAGUUCAAGGCCAGUCUGUGCCACUGCCUCUUCUAACGGAAGUUGGUACCAGCCACUGAUGGUUCUUUUCUGCUCUACUAGUCUUCUGAGUGGACUCAAGUCUCUCAAAAAUUACAGUGUCCACUAAGUUCCCAGCUUGGCUUCUAGGCCUGAAAGCUGUGGACCUCUGGUCUACACACAGCCCCCCCUCAAAAGUUGUGUACCAUGCCUGGCCAGGGAGAACUGGGAAAUUGAGGAGUUAUAUAGACAAAGAAGUCAAGGCAGCCCUGAGGCCACUGUACUUGGGCUGAGCAGGAAUAGUUAGGCCAGAACCCUUAACAGGUUUUCUUUGAAGUGACUGUUACCAGUUCUGACUUGGGGAACAUGAUCCCUUGAACAUGCCAAAGUGAGCUUUUUAAAUGGUCAAGUUAGAGAAUUUUUUUUCCACAAAUGAAAAGUAUGAAAUAACAGCUGUUGGCUUUUGGCUUGUUGCCUAUAGACUCUUAAGGUACUUUAGACAAAGGAGGAGGAUUCUGUUUCUUGGGUGCUGUCAUAUCCCCUUCCUAUGUUUCCCAGUGUUGGGACUCACUCCUCAGUGAAGGAAUGAAGCCCUCUAUGAGCCAGGGUGGUGGUAAAACGCUGAUCCAAGUUUCUGUUAGUGGGACUUCUGCUUCUACUGUUUGUUUGUUUGUUUUUUAUUUCAUAAUUAAAAAGCUCUACAUGCAGAUUGCAAA